UUGAAACCCUGAGGUCAGAGCAGGGAGAAUUACUAAGAUCUUCAUCACGCAUCUUCAUGGAGACCAUUUCUUUGGCCUUCCUGGCCUCCUCUGCACAAUCAGCCUGCAGAGUGGCUCCAUGGUCACCAAACAGCCGAUCGAAAUCUAUGGCCCUGCGGGGCUUCGGGACUUUAUCUGGCAAACCAUGGAACUUUCUCACACGGAGUUGGUCUUCCCUUAUGUGGUCCAUGAGCUGGUGCCUACAGCGGAUCAGUGUCCUACAGAAGAACUGAAAGAAUCUGUACACGUGAAUAAAGCAGACAACCCUCCCAAAGACGGACAGGGAAGAACUAUCGUGUUAGACUCAGAAGAAAACUCGCACCUCCUGGUUGAUGAUGAACAGUUUGUUGUGAAAGCAUUUCGCCUCUUUCAUCGAAUACCCUCCUUUGGAUUUUCAGUUGUGGAGAAGAAACGCCCAGGUAAACUCAAUGCACAGAAACUGAAAGAUCUUGGUGUUCCGCCAGGUCCUGCCUAUGGGAAGCUGAAAAAUGGAAUUUCUGUUGUUCUGGAAAAUGGAGUUACAAUUUCUCCCCAAGAUGUCUUAAAAAAGCCUAUUGUUGGAAGAAAAAUCUGCAUUUUGGGUGACUGUUCUGGGGUUGUGGAUGAUGGAGGAGUGAAGCUGUGCUUUGAAGCAGACCUGUUGAUACAUGAAGCAACCCUGGAUGACACCCAGAUGGACAAAGCAAAGGAACACGGCCACAGCACGCCACACAUGGCAGCAGCAUUUGCAAAGCUGUGCCAAGCAAAGAGGCUCGUUCUGACUCACUUCAGUCAGAGGUACAAACCAGUUGCCUUGGCCAGAGAAGGAGAAACAGAUGGGAUCGUAGAGCUUAAAAAGCAAGCUGAAUCAGUGUUAGAUCUCCAAGAAGUGACUCUAGCAGAAGAUUUUAUGGUGAUUGGCAUUCCAAUCAAGAAAUGAAGCCAGUGUUCCUGAAUGCAUUCUGGUGUGUCUGUGAAUAUGUUACUGAACGAACAGUCAAGUUUGUUGUUGUCGUCGUCGUUGUCGUUUUGGUCUAAAAUUAUUUGGGUCCUAACAAUCCUAACAAGGAUGGAGCUGCACUGCUCAACUAACUCAGCAUUGAGAAGGGAGCAAGCUUUGUGAUAAUAGAUCACUUUAAAAAGAAUAAAGCCAGAAUCCUUCUUCAAGUCCACACUUGACAAAAUGAUAGACUGUUCAGGUGUACAUGUUUUGUGGCUGCUGCCUCAGAGGGUAGCCAAUAUGCCAUGCAAUCCUGGGCUUAGCUUCUGCCCGGCUUUAUUGCUGUUGUUGGCAAAGCAGUAGCAGGGCUUGGCCCUCCUGGCUAAAAAUGGUAUUUUGGCAUUUUGUGUUGAAUCUGUUCAUGUUAUUAACAGAAUAGAGAGAAAUGUAAUGAGACGUUGGAUAUGAAGGAUUGAAGCUGGCAUGUUAAGUCUUGAAUUCUUUGCUUGAAUACUGAGUGCAGAGUCAGGUUAGGUGUUUAUCCUCCAAUUACUAUUUUAUUGAACUUUCCAGUUUGCUUUAAACCUGUGGUUCUCAGUUGGAGGUGAUACUCUCCCUUAGAUGGAGUUUUGAAAUUGUGGGGAUGUCUCUUGUCAAAACUAGGGGGGGUUACUACUGGUAUUUAGUCAGUAGGGGCCAGGAUGCUAGAUCCUACAAAGUUCGGUCAGUCCUAAACAGUGAAGAAUUAUCUCGUCCCAAAAUGCAUAUUGCAGGCCUGUUGAGAUACACAGCAAGUUAAAACUUAUACUCCCACUGUGAAUAUACUUUAUAAAAAUUAGUGACAUACUGAACUGAACUACGAGGUAAGUCAAAUUCUACAACAAAUCCUAAAAAGCUAGCUAAGGGAAUAUGUUGGAAUUGGAACAUCUUAUCCAAUAUUAUUGGUCAUAAAUGAGCUAUGAGCUGGAGCUUAUGAAUCUGGAGGUUAAAAAAUGAUACCUGUCCAACUUGCGUUUACGCUUUCCAAUAAAUAAUUCUUUGAGCACAAUUUUAGUAAAUGUUCUUUCUAGAAUAGCUUUCUUCAUGAGUUGCCUUCCACCUCCCUUCUGUCUUUCAUGGGGUAUCUCGGACUCAUUUUCCCACAGUAUUUCUCAAAAUGUGUUAAUGGAGAGGUAGUCUCAAGUACUGAUUCAGUCAAAAGGCUUCCCUCAUCAAAUCAGUCUGGGAAACCCUGUGUGCUGUGUGUCCCUCCGGCAGAGUUCUGGUUCCCAUCAGUACAUUCAAAACAGCACUGCUUCAGGGAUCACCAGCCAGUCUUUGGUGCCAGAAGGCCCUGAUUUCAGAGUCCCAUUCUUUACCUCAUGAUGGUCCUGUGUGCUCUGGAGCAGAUGACUUACUCUCUGAGCUUUAGCUGCUCAUCUUUAAAAAUGGGAAAAAUAAGAAUAAGACAGUGAGAAAUUGUCACUGAAAAAUAAGACAGGGAAAAAAUUAAAUAAGACAGUGUAUAAAAGGAGCAUAGCACAUUGCUUCAGGGCAUAAAGUCCUAAAGUACAGAGGCCUGUCAACUCUAUUGAACCCCUUUCUGAGUCAUAUUUCACCGUAUACUAUCUAUUAACAUCUCAAGAACCUAUGAGUUUAUUGUACACUU